AAGAAAAUAACCACAAACACGUUUCAACGUACCAAACUAGCCUACUAGUCAAGACUCCAUACAAACGUCCACAAAAUUGAAACACUCAAAGCCUUAAAAUAAAAAAUAAAUAAAUAACAACUCUGUAUCUCUUAAACUGGGACCUCCGCAUAAAAUUCUCUUAUUAAAAGGACAAAUUAACGAGAACCAGAAAAAUGGUGAAUUACAAGAAGAAGUACCAUUCCAAUCCUAGUGAUCUGAUCUAUUCCAUAUUUCAAAAAGACUUGUUUGCUGGUUGAGGAGGAGGAGGAGGAAGAAGAAGAAGAAGAAGAAGAAGAAGAAGAAGAAGAAGACAUCGUUGACUUUUCCACCAAGAAAACUGAAAUGGGAUUUGCCAACAGCAUAGGGAAGUACCGGCUGGGCCGGACAAUUGGAGAAGGUACUUUUGCUAAGGUUAAGCUGGCUGUGGAUACCACAAAUGGUCAAUAUGUUGCAAUCAAGAUUAUUGAUAAACAUAUGGUCAUGGAAAGCAAUCUCAGGUCUCAGGUACAAAGAGAAAUAAGAACAAUGAAACUUCUUCAUCACCCAAACAUUGUUAGGAUAACCGAGGUUAUCGGGACCAAGACGAAAAUUUAUAUUGUUAUGGAAUAUGUAUCAGGAGGACAACUCUCUGACAAGCUGUCAUACGCCAAGAGCUUAAGUGAAGCAGAGGCAAGAAAAGUUUUUCAGCAAUUGAUUGAUGCAGUGGACUAUUGUCACAACAAAGGGGUGUACCACAGAGAUCUAAAGCCAGAAAAUUUGCUUUUGGACAGCAAGGGAAAUGUCAAAGUUUCUGAUUUUGGACUAAGUGCUCUGCACAAGCCUGGUAACCUGCUAUCUACAGCUUGUGGCUCUCCAAGCUAUGUAGCACCCGAGCUGCUACUGAGCAAAGGUUAUGAUGGAGCAGCUGCGGAUAUUUGGUCUUGCGGAGUAAUUCUGUUUGAGUUACUUUCCGGUUAUCUUCCAUUUGAUGACCGGAAUCUGAUUAACUUGUAUAAGAAGAUAACUAGAGCAAACUACACAUGUCCACAAUGGUUUACAGUGAGCCAAAAGAAGCUAAUCUCCAAAAUACUUGAGCCAAGUCCUAUAAGGCGAAUGACAAUUCCAGAGAUUAUUGAAUCUGAAUGGUUUCAAAAGGAUUAUGUGCCUACUUGUUGUAGUAAUGAAUGUGAUGAGAAAAUCAACUUAGAUGAUGUCAAUGCCGCUUUUAAUUCAAUUGAGGAAAUCAAAGAUACCAAGGUGCCCAAAUCUUCAAGUUUCAUAAAUGCUUUCCAAUUGAUAGCCAUGUCAAACGAUCUCGAUUUGUCAGGUCUCUUUAUUGAAGAGGAUGACAAGCAGAAAAAAAUGCUUGGAUCAAAGCACACACUUAAUGAAACUAUAAAGAAAAUAGAAGCUGCAGCACUAGAUGUAAGUCUGUCAGUGCAAAGACUGAACAACUUCAAGAUGAGAGUGCAUCUAAAACAGAAGAUGACUAGAUGUUCUAGAUCAUAUUUCGACUUAUCAGCAGAGGUUACAGAGGUUGCUCCUACUAGUUGUGUUGUGCAAAUAUCAAAAUCUGCAGGCGAGCUAAGACUCUACAGAGAGUUCUGUAAAAGUUUAUCGAGUCUACUGGCCGAGGAAUCAGAUAUUUCGACACAAAUGCUUGAUAAGCAGGAUGUUAGCAUCAACAGGAAAAGUUUUCAAGAAAUAGAAAGCUCUAAAGAAGCACAUUCUAAAGAUGAUAAAGACCAUCGUGGUUAUUUGUCGUCUUAGUGAUUGGCUUUUACCUUCAUUUCCAGUGUUCUAAUGAGUCCCCAAAAGGAGUAACAUGGCAAAGCCAUGUUAAAGCCAAGGACUGUAUCAAAAGGAGUAACAUGGAAAUUUUUUUUUUUGGGGUUGAUAAAAACGAUUUUGAGUUUAUUCAUUGCAUGUUUGUACAACAUGUGAAAGAAGAAUUUCAGAUGCACAGAUUCCCUUUUUUA